AUGCCGCCGCGGCCAGCGGCUAUGGCGGCUGAGGAAAACCGUCCGCUCGCUCUGUUUACCGCCGUCUACGACUACGUAGCGCAGGGGGAAGACGAGCUCUCCCUGCGCCGGGGCGAGAUCGUCGAAGUGCUCUCUAAGGAUGCAAACAUAUCCGGUGACGAGGGCUGGUGGACGGGGAAGAUCGGCGAGCGUGUGGGCAUCUUCCCCGCCGUUUACGUGACAGAGGAGGACCCCCUGGCCGUCACCUCUGUCAUCGGAGAUGUGGAUCCCCCUCGGGUGUCCUUCUCCGAGCUAAAGUUAGAAGAGGUGAUAGGCGUCGGUGGAUUCGGGAAAGUGUACCGCGGAUACUGGAACGACGAAGUGGUCGCCGUGAAGGCGGCGCGCCAAGACGCAAAUGAGGACAUCGAGGUUAUCAAGGAGAGUGUGUUGCAAGAAGCAAAACUGUUUUGGAUGUUGCAACAUGAGAAUAUAGUGUCAUUAAAAGGUGUUUGUUUGGAGGAGCCGAAUUUGUGUUUGGUGAUGGAGUACGCUCGAGGUGGCCCGUUGAACAGGGUCCUGUCGGGGCGGAAGAUUAGGCCGGGUAUUUUGGUGGACUGGGCGAUACAGGUGGCCCGCGGGAUGGCGUAUCUCCACGUUGAUGCGCCUAUAUCACUCAUUCACAGGGAUUUGAAGAGUUCAAAUGUUCUACUAAGUGAGACGAUCCUCGCAGAUGACACGUUGGAGAAUAAGACCCUUAAGAUCACCGAUUUCGGUCUCGCCCGGGAAGUGUAUAAGACCACCAGGAUGUCGGCUGCCGGGACUUAUGCCUGGAUGCCGCCUGAGGUUAUAAAGAACUCGACGUUUUCGCACGCGUCGGACGUAUGGUCGUACGGCGUGCUGCUGUGGGAGUUGCUCACGGGCGAAACGCCCUACAAGGGCAUCGACGCCCUCGCGGUGGCCUACGGAGUCGCCGUCAACAAGCUAACGCUGCCCAUACCCAGCACGUGCCCGGAGCCUUGGCGGGUGCUUAUGGAAGCAUGCUGGCACUCGAACCCUCGCGAGCGACCGCUGUUUCCAGAAAUCUUAGAACAGCUGGACCGAAUCCGUCAGUCGGAGUUCACUCGGGCGCCUCACGAAAGUUUCCACACAAUGCAAGACGGCUGGAGAAUAGAGAUUGAGGAGGUGCUUCGGGAUCUCAGAAGAAAGGAGAAGGAGCUUCGAUGUCGCGAAGAAGAAUUGACUAGGGCUCAACUGCAGCAGCGGUUAGUAGAACAGAACUUAGCUCAGAAGGAGCGAGAGCUGGAGAUGAGGGAGAUAGACCUGGCGGCUCGGGAGCUUCACAUCCUCAUCUUCGCCAGUAACAUGUCGCAGCAGCCGCCACAACCUAACAAGAGAAAAGGUAAAUUCAGCAAGAUCCGCCUCCUGAAAAAAGACACUAUCUCCUCACCUCUCGACUUCCGGCACACGCUGACAGUGAGACCAAACGACGAGUCUAGCGUGAAACAGCUCGUCGCCGUCGCUAAGGACACACCCCCCGGAUCGCCGGCCAUCAUGCGCGCGAUAGCACUGCCAGCAGACGGCGUGAAGGGCAAGACUUGGGGUCCGUCAACGGGCCACACGCGUACGCGCACGCACUUGCCGCUGCCCGCGCUACGUCCGCGCCCACACCGCCCCGCCGCCUCCGCACCGCACCUCUCCCCCGCGCGCGCUUCGCCACAUCGGCAUCCCGAGACGGACGCGAGCGCGGGGCUCAUAAUAAGCGCGGUGGAGCCCAAGCGCAAGGCGCGCAAGUCGAAAUCGCAGGUCCGCGCGCCCAAAAGCGAGCUCGCCGCCAAGCGCUCCGGCAGCCACGACGACUUGCUAUACGAGAACGACGAACCGCGCCGCAACCGAUUCCUCCUCUGUCCCAUGUUCACGUCCGCCGCGGACCUCCCGCACCACUACGACACCGUCUUCGACAUUCCCGACAAGCGGAAGGGCUCCCACGGGGAGAUUAAGAAAAACUUCCUCAAGUCGAUCCGAUCGAACAGCCUCGCCGGCCUGCUCGCCGUCGCGGGCAGCCUCUCCUCCGACACGACCGAGCUGCUCAGGGACGAGUGA